AUGGGUGCGGAGGCCUCUGGGAGUGGGCGCGGGAGCGGGCCGGCGCUGCGGGAGCUCUUGCGCGAGGCCGAGACUAGCCUCCUCGAGUGCAAGGUGUGCUUUGAGAGGUUCGGCCACAGCCAGCAGCGGCGCCCGCGCAACCUGCCCUGUGGCCACGUGGUUUGCCUGGCCUGCGUGGCAGCCCUGGCACACCCGCGGACUCUGGCCCUCGAGUGCCCCUUUUGCCGACGAGCCUGCCGGGGCUGCGACACCAGCGACUGCCUGCCCGUGCUGCACUUUCUGGAGCUCUUGGGCCCUGCUCUUCGCCCAGCUUCAGCUGUCCCCUGCGUUGUUCCUAGCGCCCCCGGGACCCUCACCUGCCAGCAUGCCUUCGGCGGCUGGGGGACUCUCGUCAACCCCACCGGGCUGGCACUGUGUCCCAAGACAGGGCGGGUCGUGGUAGUGCACGAUGGGAAGAGGCGGGUCAAGGUCUUUGACUCCGGGGGAGAAUACGCACAUCAGUUUGGAGAGAAAGGGGAGGCUGUCCAAGACAUUAGGUACCCACUCGAUGUCACCGUCACCAACGACUGCCAUGUGGUUGUCAGCGACGCAGGUGACCGCUCCAUCAAAGUAUUUGAUUUUUUUGGCAAUAUCAAGCUCGUCAUUGGGGGCCAGUUCUCCCUACCUUGGGGUGUGGAUACCACGCCCCAAAAUGAGGUCGUGGUGACUGAUGCUGAGGCAGGAUCCCUACACCUCCUGGACGUCGAUUUUCCGGAAGGGAUCCUUCGGAGAGCUGAGAGGAUGUACGCUCAUCUGUGCAGUCCCCGAGGGGUGGCCGUGUCGUCCCAAACGGGGGCCAUUGCGAUCCUAGAGCACCCCCGGACUCUGGGGGCGACCCACACAUGCAGCACCAGGGUGAAGGUAUUUAGCUCAAGUAUGCAGAUCAUCGGCCAGGUGGAUUCCUUUGGGCUGAGCCUCUUCUUUCCUUCUAAAAUAACCGCCUCUGCUGUGACCUUUGAUCACCAGGGAAAUGUGACUGUUACCGAUACCUCUAGUCAAGCUGUUCUAUGCUUAGGAAAGCCUGAGGAAUUUCCAGGACUGAAGCCCCUCAUCACUCAAGGUCUCUCCUAUCCUGUGGCCCUGACCUAUACCAAGGAUAACUCCUUACUUGUGUUGGACACUGCUGCCCAUUCUGUAAAAGUCUUUAAGGCUGACUGUGGGUGA